UAGCGGACUGUACUGGAGUCUAUACGUCUUUGCCAAUAGAUUUGACAAUUUCUUACAGAAUGAAUGAACCGUCAGGAUGCAUGACUUCUUUCGUUUUUCUCUGCUCCUGAUAAGAAAAUUGAGCUGUGAUGCUAUGUGAAUAUUAAUCCAAUAUUAAUAGCAUAUGAAUUGAGAGCUUCAUUUAAUGUUUUUUAUUUGUUAUAGUGAAUUUCGAUGUAUAUGGAUUAACAUUUGGAGGUGGUUUAUGAUGUUUGCGCGAUAUGGUUAAAAAGUUUCGCUUCAGUACUUGGUGCCCGGACAGCUCCUCUCUAUGCUGGCAGGUUGGUCUUUGUCGCAGUGCAAUGCGCACGCUCUUUCGGUGUUUUUAGUAGCCUACCCUACAGUGUGCGCUGUUGGGAAGUGCACUAUAUUGUACAUGCAUGAACUCAAUAUUUUGACUCGCGUCAGUUUGGACAGCUGAGGAAUACCGUGACACUUGCCAGGACUAGGAAUUGUCAGGACUAGGAUUUGAGCGAUCAGUGACCACGACCACUUGAGAGUGAGAGCUUUUUUCAUAUUUUUGGGAGAUGGAAACAUAAGGACUAGUCAAAUAGUUCUGAAAAAAAGGCAUUCUCACGGUUUUUGAAUAACAGUAUUUGGAAGAGGAGUGAUUUGAUGGGGCUUGAGGCAGAGCAUUGGAUUUUGGGAAUUAUUUCAUUUUUCAACUGUGUCAUGCCAAACUAAUCGGGAUGUCGGAUGACAGGAUGUCGGGAAACUUGUCUCUUUGGUCGGCAACGCCAAUGUUCCCACUAGAGAACUCCUCAUUUAACUCCUCCCUCCCUCCGUCGUUCACGGACUGGGAGGCACCCACCUUCACCGCCGCUGCCCGCGUCCGCGUGGCCGCCACCAUGGUCCUUUUCGUGUUCGCUGCCUUCUCCAACCUCUCCGUGCUGAUCAGCGUGGCAUGGGGCCGCGGGCGCCGCCUGGCCGCCCAUCUCCGGCCACUCAUUGCCAGCCUGGCCUCUGCAGACCUGGUGAUGACGUUCGUAGUAAUGCCGCUGGACGCGGUGUGGAACGUCACCGUGCAGUGGUACGCCGGUGAUACCAUGUGCAAGCUGCUGUGCUUCCUCAAACUGUUUGCCAUGCACUCGUCUGCCUUCAUCCUGGUGGUGGUCAGCCUGGACCGCCACCAUGCUAUCCUGCACCCAUUGGAUGCGCUAGACGCCGGGCGCAGGAACAAGAGGAUGCUGCUCGUUGCCUGGGUCCUCAGCCUGCUCCUGGCCUCCCCACAGCUGUUCAUUUUUCGAGCAAUCAAAGCCGAGGGAGUGGAAUUCACUCAGUGUGUGACGCAUGGAAGCUUCCACCAUCGCUGGCAAGAGACGGCCUACAACAUGUUCCACUUUGUCACGCUUUAUGUGUUCCCCCUGUUAGUAAUGAGCUUCUGCUACACCCGAAUCCUCAUCGAGAUCAGCCGUCAGAUGCACAAGGGCAAAGGUGGGGAGCCGUGCCUGAGGCGAAGUGGUGCCGACAUGAUCCCCAAGGCGCGAAUGAAGACCCUGAAGAUGACCAUCGUGAUCGUGGUGUCCUUCGUGAUUUGCUGGACGCCAUACUACCUCCUGGGCAUCUGGUACUGGUUCCAGCCAGCCAUGCUCCAGGAGACACCCGAGUACGUCCACCACGCCCUUUUCGUCUUCGGCAACCUCAACACAUGUUGCGACCCAGUGAUCUAUGGCUUCUACACGCACUCCUUCCGGGCUGAUCUGGCUGAUGUGGUCGCCUGCUGCUGCCGCUGCCGAUCGCAGAACAUCUCCCCGAGGUCCUUGGACCGCCUGGCUUGUCGGAGGGGCAGGGCAAGCAGAGAGGCAGAGUCUGACAAUCCCAGUGGUGACCAGCCAAGUGGAAACCUGGGGUAGAUAUCCGUGGGCCUCUUGUUCAACUACAGUGUAAAAAAAUACAUAUGUUGAUUUAACGUACAAUUGUAAACCAACCAGCUGCAAUAGGAUUGUGAGUUUGCUCAACAUUUGGGCAUACAGUAUACAGUAGCUGAAGUAACAUACAUUCUGAAGUUGAAUUGUAUGUUCACUCGACUUUGAAUUUUAGGUUGAGUAAACAUACAAUUUAACUAGAAAAUGUAUUUAACCUUAUUUGCAUAUUUCCCUGAGUGCCUUGCCUUUUGAGUGAAUUGUAUUUACCACCCAUGACUGUAUUUGUUAGUGACAGAGACAUGGUUGAUGUAUUCAAUGGUUUUCAGUACUGUAGCUAUCCCCAAGUGAGUGUCUAAGUGAAUAUGUCAUCUUUAAAAUGUAUCUAUUUAUGAUAAUAUAUUCUAUAAUUUAUAUGGUAUUUUUUUGAGGGCCUAGUUACGCCCUAACACAAUGGUCUGAAACUCUUAGUUAUAAGUCACACCAAGCCUGCAUGUCACAUUAUGCUAGCUUGCAAAGUGGUGUAUAAUUCCUGUUGGAAUCUAGCCAGAGUGAGGAUAGCCAACAAUUGGAACUUUUAAUAACCCACAAGGUCCAUUCAGAAUGACUGCUGGGGUAAGGAAUGUUGAUCAUUAAGACAACCUAAAUCAUAUAAACUGGAACAGACAUCUCAGAAACGGGUGCAUUAAGUCCAACUACUAACAGAUUGGAUUAGUUUAGAAACAUUUAUGUUAUUUAUGUUUGUGUAGCGUAAGAUUAACCAAUUAAAGUACAUGCAAAAAAAAAAGUAUUGAAACAAACCAUUCUGAAACUCAACCUGCAAAAGAGCAUGCUGGGAAAUAUGAAUAUGUUGGUGUGGUUUUGAUUUGUUUUGAGAAAACAUGAAUUUGUAAGUUUAUUCAACAAGCGUUUUAAAAUUCAGCUAACUUUGAGCAGAGACUGUUGAGUAAACACAAUUUAACACAUUAGCUCAAAUGCCGCUCAACUCACAGAAUAACACUUGGUUAAAUUGGCUGGUUUACAGUGUGUGGGAUGGAGAUUAUUUUACUCCCUGAUCUGUUUAGUGCCCGUUUCCCAGACCCAAAUUAAGGGCUCUUGUCAAAGCGACUCUAACAGGCAGGAGGGGGGAAGUCAGGCGCAGGAGACUAAGGUACAUGAAACACACGUUUAAUGAAAAAAGUCCAAAAGUGAUGUAAAACAAGGCAGGGUACAAAACUCAAGCGACAGGUAAGAACCCUAAAUGAGUCGGGACGCAGCCCAGCAAACCCUAAUGCCUAAACACAGAACGGCAGAGGAAAAUCAAAUCCCCAACCUACGAUAACACGACACAAAAUAAUCCCGCACAAACCCAAACCAAAAACAGACAGACUAAAUACCCCCACUAAUGAACUAACACAAAACAGGUGCUAACCUAAACAGACAUCACCAAAUGAAAAGGAAAAGGAGGCCGGCGACGACCGCGGAGCGCCGCCCGAACGGGGAGAGGCGCCACCUUCUGUAGACGUUGUGACAGCUCUAUUCAAUCUGUAUUGCUGAAGUUCAGCUUUACAGCAUAAUUGAAAUUUAAAGGCGAAGACUGCAUUCACGGUAAACACUGCAUAUGUCGGCUCAAUCGGAAAUCACCUUUAAAUUUCUAUUGCGCAAUCUGUAACGCUUCAGCAAUACGCUUCAGCGAUACAGAUUAAAUAGAGUCCUAAAACUAAACCAAACACGUGGUCAAUUGAGACUCCAUUGAAAUAGCUUUUUAGUCUAGGUUUAGGCUUAAUCUGGAUCUGGAAAACUGGCCCUUUUUCUAUUUCCUGUGUCACAUACAGCUUCAUAAAGCUUGGUAAUGGAAGAAUGGAUUCUAGAACAUUACCCGUAUUAUUGAGUGGGUCCUGGCAGUUCCACUAUGAAUGUAAAGACCUCCAGUGUCUUACACAGAACACUCAAACACUUCCUUUAAACCAGUCUCUAGGGGAAUAUCUAGUUAACUAGUACCUUGGAUUAAAAGUACAUUUCUUCAAUUAAUGACUUUGUACUUUGGGAUUUCAGUGAAGACCCUGGUUGCAGUACAGUUCAUUCAUAGAAAGGACAGCCGUUGAACCCUUUUUUCUAAGAGGUUAGAUAUAUCCACAGAACAGUAUAGACUUCCUAGAGAACUGCUUCGCUUCUGACACUAACCAAACAACUCUUAUGUACCCAAGGAGGAUCAUAUUGAACAUCAAAUAUUUGGACCACAUACUUUGGGUCUUUGGCCAGGGAGGACAGAACCUUUGGACCUCUUUUGAAUUUCUAUCCUCUGGAUCAUCACACGGGAAUUACUACAAGAUGAACUAACUGGGCAUUGUUGAUGUCUCAGCAAGAACCAAACACUCAUUACAACUAAUUCCUGAGUAAGUCUGUCCACAGGCUUCUGUAUGUCUUAAACAAAUCCUACUGUAUCGAGACAGAAUUGUUUUGGUGAUACAGCGUAGGCUCAGUUGAACUGUUUCUGAGAAAUGUUUACUGCUUUAGUCAAAGGGAAGGCAAUUACAAUUUAGGUCUCCAUGAAGCCAGUGAAGUUAUAAGCUAGACCCAGAAAAACUAAUGCAAGUGAGUAGGCAACGGGUCAGUGUUUAAUGAGGAACAAAUUCCUAUACAGAGAUUUGUGUUUUCUCAACGUCUUGUGUUAUACUCAGCCUAAUCAUCUCUGUUUACGCACCUGAUAUAUUCAACUCUUGUAAUCAUCCCAUGCAUGGCUAAAAUGUUCCACAGAAUCUUAUUGGUCCAGUAUGAAUUGUGAUUGUGACAGCACAAAAAAUCCACAUGGACGAAUUUCGCUGUUUGGAUCAGGUUGUCUUAUUUUUCCCCUAUUUAUGUUUGUCACAGAAAAGGGUUUGUUAACAAAAAUAUAGCAAACAACUACUUAGUGCUAUCUCAAAUAUUUUUUGUAAGGGGCCAGGACUGCCAAACGCCAUAUUCUUUUCGAAGUCUUCCAUUGGGUAAUCUGAGUAUGUUCCCACAUAUAUUAUACUAGCAGUGGAUAGACGGUCAUCACUGAACUCUAUGCAGGGCUGUGACUGUAUCCCUGAAGGAGGGAUGCAGUUAAGUCCAGUCGUAAAGUACACCACCUCUUCUAGUGUCAACUCUUCUCCUGGUCCCUCGAGAUUGGACUGGAAGUUGCCCCACUCCUUCCUGUUACUUCCAUCGUCAACAACCUCUUGACCAAGAGCGUCUCGAUGAUCUCAACAGUCCGUUUGAUGUCGAUGAAGCACAUUGUGCCACAGAAUAGCUCUGGGUGCUUCUCCAACGCCUCUGAUUAAUUCAUCUUUAAACUUAGCGAUGGCUGCUUGAUUCUUCAUGAUGAAAUGCCAGUAAGGGUACUCUGAAACCAUCUUCCUCUAUUAUUUGUCCUUGAUUUUCUGUCGGUAACAGUAGCACCCAGCGUUCUUGAACAUAUGGAUGUUCUCCAGCAUGGUGCAACUGAAAGUGUUGAUGUCCUUUGACUGGAACAGUUUAUCCAAGAUUUUCUUGACACCCAAAUCCAACAUUUAUUUAGUGUCAGUGUUGAAUUUCACAGUUAUUUUUCUUUGUGACCGCCGUUGUCCACUGCCUGUUCGUUAGUGCCAUUGAGUAUUGUCUGUAAACUUCACUAUAAUGGCAUGUUACGGAUCUUUAUAGGGCCAGACUACAAACAAAACAAACGAAACACAACAAUAAUGUGGUUUUAAUAGUAAGUGCAAGAUACAGUGCCUUCGGAAAGUAUUCAGACCCCUUGACCUUUUCCACAUUUUGUUAGAUUACAGCCUUAUUCAAAAAUGGAUUAAAUAUUUUUCCCUCAUCAAUCUACAUACAAUACCCCAUAAUAACAAAGAAAAAAACAGGUUUUAUAGAUGUUUGCUAAUUUCUUAAAAAUAAAAAACUGAAAUAUUACA